UCAAUAUAUUACAGAAAGAAAACGCUAAAUCUUUCGGGGAGGGGCUGAAAUGGGAGGGGACAUAUAAGAUAAACUUUAGAAGAAAAAGGGGGAAAAAAACGCCGCACAAUAAUUAUAUAUUAAAAAAAAAAACAGAACCAACUUUCACACAAACCAAAGGAAUAGUGGAUGGCAGUUAUAAUGAGGUGUAGUUUCCUCUCGCAUCGACCUGCUGCCUCGCGUCCACUGCGUUGAUUCCAGCAGCAAUGGAAUGUUGCCUGGGUUGAUACGGAAAGCGGAGAAUGAUAGCAGAUAGACGCACAUUGACAGAAGUAUCAUUAAGUUAAUAAACACCUUUGAUUUACUGUGAUCUGAAGUAUACAGAAUGCUUGGGUUUUGGGUACUGCGGUUCUGCAUGCUGUGGCACAUUCUUCUGACUCCUGAAGGCUCCUGGCUGCGUUUGGAUGAGUCUCCCCCUCGCAUUGUGCACCACCCCUCUGAUCUCGUGGUGAAGGCUGACAGCCCAGCCUCGCUGUCCUGCCGUGCAGAGGGGAACCCGCCCCCGGUUAUAGAGUGGCAUCGCAACGGGGCACCGCUGGAGACGAACAGGCCUGGGGGCCAGUCAUCGGCAAUCGUGCUUCCCGAUGGCAACCUCUUCUUCCUGCGCGUGGUACCUGGGAGACGGGGCCAUUCCGACGAGGGCGUCUACACCUGCAUCGCCCGCAACAGCCUGGGCAAAGCCACCAGCAACGCCACACUCUACAUCGCAGCUCUGAGGGAGGAGUUCCGUGCUCAGCCCAGCGAUGUGGAGGUGGCUGUGGGGGAGCCUGCCGUCAUGAACUGCACCCCGCCCAAAGGGCACCCCGAGCCCAACAUCACCUGGAAGAAAGACGGGGCGCUCAUCAACAGAACCCAGGAGCGCUACAAUAUCCUGAACGGGAGGCUCGUUAUUGCGAACGCCCAGAAGAAUGACUCUGGAGUCUAUGUCUGCUUGGCGUGGAAUAUAGUAGGAGAGAGAGAGAGCAGGGCGGGCCGUCUGUCUGUGCUGGAGAAACCAGUGUUUGCCCGGAAGCCAAGUGAUGCCACGGUGAAGGUUGGCGGCUCGGUGCAGUUUAGGUGUGAGGCAAAAGGGGACCCCAUGCCUGCUGUGCGCUGGAGCAAGGAGCAGGGACAGCUACCCUCUGGGAGGUACGAAGUGAAUCCAGAUCAGACCCUGCGGAUACACUACAUCACAGCCCCGGACUCUGGGCGCUACACCUGUACAGCUACCAAUCAAGUGGGCUCCACCUCUGUGAGUGCCUCCCUCGCUGUUCAGGAGGCCUUGGAUACAGGGCAGAGGGACCUGCACAAAGAGCUGUCCAUGCUGCGCAUCCACCUGGAGAACGUCACUGUGCAUCCUCUCCUAUCCAACGCAGCCCACAUACUGUGGAAAGUGCAGUCAGAGCCCCACCACCUGUCUGGCUUUGAGGUGCUGUGCCGCUCCCUCAUGCCCGCUAGCUCUGAUUGGACAGAGAGGAAGUUUCCUGUGCAGCGCAGCGCUGUGAUUGGCCCGCUGAAGAGGGGGUACAAGUACGAGUUCAAGGUGCGCCCGUUCGUGGGAGGUCUUUACGGGCGGGAGAGCAACACCAAACACCUGCGCAUCCCAGAGCAAGUCCCCAGCGCUCCGCCACUGGGUGUGGAAGUGACGAUGUCCGCAGAGAAUAAUGGUACAGUCCUGGUGAGCUGGGAACCUCCCCCUCAUGAGGCGCACAAUGGAAUCAUUCGGAGUUACCAGGUGUGGUGUGUGCGUUCGGGGGGCCAGCUGUCCUCUAACUGGACAGUGGACAGCGGGACUCACAGCCUGGAGAUCACAGCACUGGACCCUGACACACAGUACUGGAUCAGUGUGGCAGCCGUCAACGGAGCUGGAGUGGGGCAGCUGAGCGAGCCCCACCUCCUCUUCAUGGAGCCCUCCAUGGAGGCUGCUGCCCCCCCACCCCUCGACGCGGGCCCCCUGGAUCAGGUUCUGAGGGUUCUGCGGGGCCCUGUGUUUAUCGGCAGCGCUGGCGCCCUCUUGUGGCUGGCUCUCAUGGUCUCGGCGGUGUGUCUGUACCGACGACACGGCCGGCAAGCCCGGGUCAAACACGCCCACCACACCUCAGCAAGCUUGUACAGAAUGGCAAGUGAAGACCUCAUUAUCAAACACAGGAUGGCAGCUCCUGACUCCCCUUGGAGCUCCAGCGCCUGGAAGUCAGCCCCCUGCAGCGAGCGCUAUCCCGGACUGUGGGCCCAGAGCAAGGAGAACCCUGGCUUCAGGAAGACCACUUUGCCGAAGAACGAGAAGGACCCCUGUCCUCCAGACACAGCCGUCCCCAUUGUGCCUGAUAACUGCGGUCUCUACGGUACCUUUUACGUGGAUCUCUCAGGGGUGGGACUGAGGACCUUUAGCAGCCCGAGCCGCAGCCCGAAGGUCCCGCAUCCCGGUGCCAAGACUCCCGAUGCUGCCCGGUUCUCUCAGCCUGUCUUUAAAAGCAGCACCGACGCGGAGCGGCAGAGGUUACCGUGGAAACAGGCACUGCCUGCCCAGCCCAACAUGGGCGUGCUCAAGGAAUCAUGGGAGAAAAACUACAAAAGAGAGCUGCAUGCUGUGAACAGCGCUCCCUUGGUGCCAACGUGGCAAUGUUCUGAGCUGCUGAAGAGUGCCCCCAGAGCCAACGUUGCCAGGGUGUGCCACAUCGCUAAAGGUGGUUUUCCUGUGGGUUCGAAGUCAGCCGGCUCACCCAAGAUCCUGCACUACUCUGCUUCUCUGCGGAUGAUUGAUGUGCCGCCGGCCCCGCCCCCUUUCCCUGAGCUCGAGGACGACACCCAGAGCCUGAGCUCCGAGGAGGACUCCAGCAGGUCCACUAAGCUGACUGUGGAAGGAGGCUCUGUGCUGUUGGGGGGAGCUGGUCCAGGACCCCAGGAGAUCCCUGCCAGGGAUGACCCCUCUUACCUCACCCUGUCUUACAGCCGGUUCUCCACUGCGUCCUUCUCCCUCUCCCUCGAUGAGCAGAACGACGGCCCCCUGACUGCUCAAGAGGUGGAGCAGUAUCUGGAGCUGAGGCAUGAAGCUGAGGACUGCAGCAGUGUUCUGUCGGACAGUCCUCCCUCUCUGCCACACCCAUUCUCCCCGACCCCCACUUUUGGAUACAUCUGCGGGCCGAUGCCCUCUGACCUGGACGCGGAAGACCUUGCUGACGACCUGGACGUGCCGGGGUCACAGCAGCUCCGCCCACGUGGGGGCACCCCCCGUCGCUGCCCCACCCCCUCGUCCUGCUGCAGCGAAUGGGAGGGCUCUCUGUGGAACGGCUGGGGCUCCAUCUCGGAGGGGAACGCCCCCAGCGCCCGCGCCAGCCUGAUCAGCUCCUCCGACGGAUCCUUCAUGAACGACGCCAACUUCGCCAGAGUGCUCGCCGUCGCCGCGGAAACACUGGGGGGAGGAGCCUUCUCAGACUUCUCACCCCCAGCCUCCCCUCUGAGUGGUCUCUACCCAGCGCGGGAGCCUUUUCUUGGGGGGCUGGAGUCGCUCCCGGUGUGGGACUGGAACACAGCUUGGGUGGAGGAGAUGGAGGCGCGAUAUUCCCUGUCUCGGAGGGCAGGAGCCACGGAGCCACAAGGGGAGGGAAAGCAGGAUGAGAGGGAGCUGGAUAACAGAUGCUCUCUGGACCCUCCCACCACACCUGCCUCUCAUCAACACUGAAGAUUACACUUCAUUACAGAUACCUCAUACCGCCCAGCCAGCAACACACUCCCCAUCGAGAAAACGAUUGAACAGUUUCCUGUCCGAUUCUGUCAGCCUCUCUGAGCCAUCUCGUUCGUUUGCUGUCUAAGGAAUGUGUUUUUUGUUAGAUUUGUUAUUUUUUUUUGUUAGGAAGAAGAUGCUGAAACUAUUGUUUUAAUAUAGGGGUUUUUUUUGUUGUUGUUUUGUUUUUACCCCAGGAGCAAAACAAAAUGUAAUAGGAAAAAUAUGAUGAAAAAAUAUAUAUUUUGAAAAAAAGUGUAAUACCUGGCAUAGUCUGUCUUCAGGAAAUAUGUUUACAUAAAGAGAGGCUGCUAGUGUAGUAGUAAAAUAUGUUUUGAAUUUGUAAAACUGGUUUUAUUGAACAAGGAGUGUUACUACGUCACUAGAUAAUGACUAAUCUGGGUUUUAAAACUGGAUUUUUUUUAAGAUGGAUUGGCUAAAUGCUUUACAGCUAUAGUGAUAUUAUAAUUAUUUUUGUACAUACAUUGUGUUUAGUUUUUUUUUUAAGGUUUGUACUAAAUUGAUAUUCUGCAUUCAGCUGUGAAUCGACUAACCCUUUCUCUUGUGGCCUUAUUGAUGUAAAUAAAAGAUAUCUUUAGAUUUCA